AUGUAAACUCAUUUCUUACAAAAGUUAAAAUGUUGAAGGCCAGUUUGUUCUUUAUGUUGGUAGGGCUUGUAGUCGGCGGGCCAUCUUUUACAAAAACAAGACAGCAGAUAGAAUCCUUCAGGAAUUUCUUGGAGAAGACUCGCACAGAUCAUGGCGUGCGUCUGUCAGAGCGCGUGUUUGCAAACCCUAAGGCAAGCGCGUGGGAAAACAGUGGCAAGUUCGAGGGUGAUAUUCUACUAGAUGACUGGCAAGUGGACGCUCUGGUGAAAAGCUACGCUGGAUCCAGGAAUGCCUUCGUGUGGUUUGACGCCAAUUGGCCUGAUAACACUAUUGUCUAUGAUUUCGCAGACAGCGAAUUUAACGGGCAACAGAGGGAAGCCAUCAUGAUUGCAAUCGAGGACAUUGAAGAAAAUACGUGCGUUAAAUUCCGUGAAAGACGACCUGAUGACUUUAAUUACGUAAAACUUACGAAUACCGAUGACGGUUGCUAUGCCAACGUCGGCUACUGGGAGGCUCGCGGCGAACACAUUUUAAACUUGGCACUGGACCCGCCCGGACAAGGUUGCUUUAGACACGCGACUAUUGUCCACGAAUGGCUCCAUAUUAUCGGAUUCUUCCACAUGCAUUCUACAUACAACCGAGAUGAAUACGUCCGUAUUUUAUGGGACAACAUUAUUCCAGACCAGGAACACAACUUUGCACUCUUCGACGAAGAGAUGGUAGAUAAUAUGGGUUUGCCUUACGAAUAUAACAGCUGCAUGCACUACGGCGCUUACGGAUUUAGCGUCAAUGGAAAACCAACAAUAGAAGCUUUACAAAGUUUCGAAGGUGUAAUGGGCCAGCAGGAAUACGUGACUGAAAACGAUUGGCUCAGAGUGAGAAGACAUUACAAGUGUCCAGUUAAAAACUCGAAGACAAAAGAAGAGAACGGGCAGAAAGUAAACUUCGUCGACAAAGCCUGAGAAAUAAAUAUAACGUUUAUAACAAAAUAAUGGAUGUAAAAAUAGAAAUACUUUUAAAGGCGAA